AUGCAUGCAUUGUUCGACUCCAUGUCAUCGGCUGUUUCGAACUCAGCUCAUGGAUCUCGGAAGCGAGAGGCACCUCCGCCUCUGCCUCUUAAGCCAGAGCAUCGUGCAUCCAAAGACGGCGAUGAUCGCGACGAGCUACUGGAGCAUGCAAACGACGAAGCUGGCCCUGGUUCGACGUCGCGGUCGGGGGUAAAGGCGCCGCCACCGACGCCGCUAUAUCCCGCCACCACCACCGUGGCGUUAUCGACGCGACGGGGCAGUCUCGGAACGAGCGUGUCUCAAGCUUUCAGCAGGAAAUAUAGCGCAGAGCGCAUCUUCGCUGAGGACGAAGCGACGACGGUCUGCGCAGGAGGCGAGCAAGCUGGUCAAGUCGUUUGCGCGUAA